CACGCGCUGGAUCUCCAGCUGGCAGUGGCCAAUAUCCUGCAAUCUCUGGUACACACAGAGAGAAACCAGCAAGUCAUGUGUGAAGCUGGGCUCCAUGCACGGCUUCUACAAAGAUGCAGCGCUGCUCUGGCUGAUGAGGAUCACUCGCUCCAUCCGCCACUCCAAAGGAUGUUUGAAAGGCUGGCCUCCCAGGCACUGCAGCCCAUGGUGCUGAGGGAAUUUUUACGCUUGGGAAAUCCUUUGAAUUGCGGAGCUUGGGACAAAAAGCUGUUGAAACAGUACCGGGUGCACAAACCCAGCUCGCUGAGUUUUGAACCGGAAAUGAGAAAUAGCAUGGUUACCUCAAUGGACGGUCUGGGUUCUGACAGCGUCUUCGGUUUGCAUGAAGACAGUCACUAUCGGAUAAGCAAGAGCCUGCUCAAGCCAGCAGAAGGGAGCACAGUACCCCUGACGAGAGUGAAGUGUUUGGUCUCCAUGACAACCCCACAUGAUAUCAGGCUUCACGGAUCAUCAGUUACACCAGCAUUCAUUGAGUUUGACACGUCUCUUGAAGGGUUUGGCUGCCUGUUCUUGCCAAGCUUGGCUCCCCAUAACGCACCUACAAAUAAUGCUGUUACAACAGGACUUAUUGACGGUGCGGUUGUCAGUGGAAUUGGAACGGGUGAAAGAUUUUUCCCACCACCAUCUGGUUUAAGCUACUCAACUUGGUUUUGUAUUGAACAUUUUAAUACACCUCCUAAUAACCAUCCAGUGAGACUUCUUACUGUAGUGCGGCGUGCAAACUCCUCGGAGCAGCACUAUGUAUGCCUUGCCAUUGUCCUCUCGGCAAAAGACCGGUCACUGAUUGUUUCAACUAAAGAAGAAUUGCUUCAAAAUUAUGGUGGAGUUAUAGGAGGUGCUGUGAAGAUCAAAGUGAAGCUUCUGAGGCCAGUGAACUUGGUAGAAAGUGCUAAUGAAAUGAGUGUUCCCUCUGUGCAGGUGGCUGUUGAGCCAAUGGAGCUGCAGGUGAGGCUCCCUAACCCCACAGCAGCUGCUGCUCUUGUUAGACAAAUAACGUUUCUUCUGGUGCUCUUUCACUUCAGUGAGGAAUCGUCAUUUUAUGAAAUUCUUCCUUGUUGUGCCCGUUUUCGCUGUGGUGACCUCAUUGUGGAAGGCCAGUGGCAUCACUUAGUUCUGGUCAUGAGUAAAGGCAUGCUCAAGAACAGCACAGCUGCACUCUACCUUGAUGGACAGCUUGUUAAUACUGUUAAGCUUCACUACAUUCACAGCAGCCCUAGUGGGUCUGGCUCUGCCAAUCCACCUGUAGUCAGCACUGUCUAUGCCUAUAUUGGCACACCACCUGCACAGCGCCAGCUCUCUUCGUUAGUGUGGCGUUUGGGCCCUACACAUUUCCUGGAGGAAGUUUUGCCUGCCCCAGGUGUUAGCACCAUUUAUGAGCUGGGACCAAAUUAUGUCGGAAGCUUUCAAGCAGUAUACGUACCAUGUAAAGAUUCAAAGUCUGAAGGAAUCAACCCAUCUCCAGUAUCUUUGGUACCAGAAGAGAAGGUCUCUUUCGGUCUUUAUGCGCUCUCAGUUUCUUCAUUUACAGUGGCAAAAAUAAGGAAAGUUUACAACAAGUUGGAUAGCAAAGCUAUUGCCAAACAGCUGGCAAUUUCUUCUCAUGAAAAUGCCACACCUGUGAAGCUGCUACAUAACUCAGCAGGGCAUUUGAAUGGACCAGCGCGCUCCAUUGGUGCAGCGUUAAUAGGAUAUUUGGGAGUAAGAACAUUUGUCCCCAAGCCUGUUGCCACUACGCUGCAGUACAUUGGUGGAGCUGCUGCUAUUUUGGGACUUGUAGCCAUGGCAUCAGAUGUAGAAGGGUUGUAUGCAGCUGUGAAGGCCUUGGUCUGUGUAGUAAAGAGCAAUCCCCUAGCCAGCAAAGAAAUGGAAAGAAUCAGAGGUUAUCAGUUGCUGGCAAUGCUGUUGAAGAAGAAGCGGUCCCUUCUGAACAGCCACAUACUCCAUCUAACCUUUUCCUUGGUGGGAACUGUCGAUAGCGGGCACGAGACCUCCAUUAUUCCAAAUUCUGCUGCCUUCCAGGAUCUACUCUGUGAUUUUGAAGUCUGGCUUCACGCACCCUAUGAGCUUCAUCUGUCAUUAUUUGAGCACUUCAUAGAACUUCUCACCGAGUCCAGCGAAGCGGCAAAGAACGCUAAAUUAAUGAGGGAAUUCCAACUCAUCCCAAGACUGCUCUUGACUCUUCGAGAUAUGUCUCUGUCCCAGCCUACUAUUGCUGCAAUUAGUAAUGUGCUGAGCUUUCUCCUUCAAGGUUUCCCUAGCAGCUAUGACUUGCUCAGGUUUGGACAGUUCAUCUCUUCCACUUUACCUACAUUUGCAGUCUGUGAGAAGUUUGUGGUCAUGGAAAUAAACAAUGAAGAAAAGCUUGAUAGUGGAACAGAAGAUGAUUUUGGAGGACUUGUUUCAGCUAAUCUUAUUCUACUGCGGAACAGGCUUUUAGAUAUCCUUCUGAAACUCCUGUAUACAUCCAAAGAAAAGACAACUCUUAAUUUGCAAGCUUGUGAAGAACUGGUCAAGACACUGGGUUUUGACUGGAUUAUGAUGUUUAUGGAAGAACACCUGCAUUCCACCACGGUCACAGCAGCUAUGCGAAUUCUUGUGGUGCUGUUGAGUAAUCAGUCCAUCCUUAUCAAAUUCAAGGAGGGUCUCAGUGGUGGAGGCUGGCUGGAUCAGACAGAUUCUGUCUUGACCAAUAAGAUCGGUACUGUGCUAGGGUUCAAUGUCGGCAGGAGUGCUGGUGGCAGGUCAACAGUCCGGGAGAUUAACCGGGAUGCUUGUCACUUCCCAGGCUUUCCUGUUCUGCAGUCACUUCUCCCAAAGCACACUAAUGUACCUGCACUCUAUUUCCUCCUCAUGGCCCUUUUCCUGCAGCAGCCAGUCACUGAACUGCCCGAAAACCUGCAGGUCAGUGCGCCUGUCACCAGCAGCCGAUGUAAUCAGGGCUGCCAGUUUGAUUUAGACUCUAUUUGGACAUUCAUAUUUGGAGUUCCUGCCUCCAGUGGCACUGUUACCUCUUCAAUACACAGUGUUUGCACAGAAGCUGCCUUCUUGUUACUGGGAAUGCUGAGGAGCAUGCUGAAUUCCCCUUGGCAGUCAGAGGAAGAAGGCUCUUGGCUUCGAGAAUAUCCAGUCACCUUGAUGCAGUUCUUCCGAUAUUUGUAUCACAAUGUGCCGGACCUCAUUUCCUUGUGGAUGAGUCCAGAGUUCCUGUGUGCGCUGGCCGCGACAGUGUUUCCUUUCAACAUCCGACCUUACUCUGAGAUGGUCACUGAUCUUGAUGAUGAAGUUGGGUCCCCAGCUGAAGAGUUUAAAGCUUUUGCAGCUGAUUCUGGCAUGAACAGAAGCCAGUCAGAAUACUGCAAUGUUGGCACCAAGACAUACCUAACCAACCAUCCUGCCAAGAAGUUUGUGUUUGACUUCAUGCGUGUGCUCAUAAUUGAUAACUUAUGUCUCACACCAGCCAGCAAACAGACUCCACUGGUUGAUCUUCUGCUAGAGGCUUCCCCUGAAAGAUCAACACGAACACAGCAGAAGGAGUUUCAGACAUAUGUUUUGGAUGGAGUGAUGGACCACUUACUUGCAGCUGAUGUUUUAUUGGGUGAAGAUGCAUCUCUGCCUAUAACGAGUGGAGGAAGCUACCAAGUGCUGGUGAACAACGUGUUUUAUUUCACACAGCGUGUGGUAGAUAAGCUUUGGCAGGGCAUGUUCAACAAAGAAUCCAAACUUCUUGUGGACUUCAUAAUUCAGCUCAUUGCACAGUCAAAAAGAAGAUCUCAGGGACUAUCGCUGGAUGCUAUUUAUCACUGCUUGAACAGGACCAUUUUGUAUCAGUUCUCAAGGGCACACAAAACUGUUCCUCAGCAAGUGGCUCUCCUUGAUUCCCUAAGGGUUCUUACUGUGAACAGAAACUUAAUUUUGGGACCUGGAAAUCAUGAUCAGGAGUUCAUCAGCUGCCUAGCUCACUGCUUGAUUAAUCUGCAUGUGGGAAGCAACGUGGAUGGGUUUGGAUUGGAAGCAGAAGCCAGGAUGACAACUUGGCACAUCAUGAUCCCCUCUGAUAUAGAACCAGAUGGAGUCUACAAUCAAGAUGUCAGCGAAGGUCGCCAGCUGCUUUUAAAAGCCAUAAACAGAGUGUGGACAGAGCUGAUCCAUAGUAAAAAACAGGUUUUGGAAGAAGCUUUUAAAGUGACACUACCGGUCAAUGAUCGUGGCCAAGUGGAUAUCACUGUUGCAAGACCUUUUAUUGAGGAAGCAAGUUUAAAGUGUUGGCAAAAUCAUUUGGCUCAUGAGAAGAAAUGCAUCAGUAGAGGGGAGGCUUUGGUUCCAACCACACAGUCCAAACUUUCACGAGUUAGCAGUGGGUUCGGCCUCUCUAAACUAACUGGUUCCAGGAGAAACCGCAAGGAGAGUGGGCUUCAUAAACACAACCUCUCUACACAGGAAAUCUCCCAGUGGAUGUUUACUCACAUUGCAGUGGUUCGGGACCUGGUUGAUAUGCAGUAUAAGGAAUAUCAGGAGCGUCAGCAGAAUGCAUUAAAAUACGUGACAGAAGAGUGGUCUCAAAUUGAAUACGAGUUACUACGAGAGCGAGGUUUGUGGGGUCCCCCCAUUGGCUCCCAUCUUGACAAGUGGAUGUUGGAGAUGACUGAGGGUCCCUGCAGAAUGAGGAAGAAGAUGGUGCGAAAUGACAUGUUUUAUACUCAGUAUCCCUACAUGCCUGAAGCUGAGCAAGAAACAAACUUGCUGUCUGACUUCUCAAGUAGACUUCCUGAGACAUCUGAUGAUACCGUUCCUCAAAAGAAACCUGCUCGUUACCGAAGAGCUAUAAGUUACGACAGUAAGGAGUACUACAUGCGCCUGGCUUCUGGAAACCCUGCAGUCUUUCAGGAUGCUAUAGAAGAGAAUACAGUGGGUGAAACAACUCAGCAGGAGCCAGAACAUGGGGAGGACACUAUUGCAAGAGUCAAAGGCCUGGUGAAGCCUCCCCUGAAACGGUCUCGCUCUGCUCCUGACGGAGGAGAUGAUGAGAACCAGGACCAAUCACAGGAUCAAAUUGUUGAGGGGAGUUCAAUUGAUGAAGAGGAGAAGACUGACAAUACGACUUUGCUUCGACUUCUGGAAGAAGGAGAGAAGAUUCAGCAUAUGUACCGCUGUGCUCGGGUUCAGGGCCUUGACACCAGCGAAGGGCUGCUUCUCUUUGGGAAAGAGCACUUCUAUGUCAUUGACGGAUUUACAAUGACAGUCACCAGAGAAAUACGGGACAUUGAGACACUGCCUCCAAAGAUGCAUGAGCCAAUCAUACCUAGGGGAGCAAGGCAAGGUCCAAGUCAACUCAAAAGAACAUGCAGCAUUUUUGCAUAUGAAGAUAUCAAGGAAGUACAUAAAAGGAGAUACCUUUUGCAGCCAAUUGCAAUUGAAGUUUUCUCAGGAGACGGACGGAACUAUCUUCUAGCUUUCCAAAAAGGGGUUAGAAACAAAGUUUAUCAAAGGUUUUUGGCUGUGGUGCCAUCUCUAACUGACAGUUCGGAGUCAGUGUCUGGGCAAAGACCAAACACCAGUGUAGAGCAAGGGUCUGGCCUGCUUAGCACUUUAGUGGGAGAAAAAUCUGUUACUCAAAGAUGGGAAAGAGGAGAGAUCAGUAACUUCCAGUACCUGAUGCACUUAAACACUCUGGCGGGCAGAUCCUAUAAUGAUCUCAUGCAGUACCCUGUCUUUCCUUGGAUCCUCGCAGACUAUGAUUCAGAGGAACUGGAUCUUAUGAAUCCCAAGACAUUCAGAAACCUGGCCAAGCCCAUGGGAGCUCAAACAGAAGACAGGUUAGCCCAGUACAAGAAGCGAUACAAAGAUUGGGAAGAUCCCAAUGGGGAAACUCCAGCUUACCACUAUGGGACUCACUAUUCAUCAGCCAUGAUAGUGGCUUCCUAUCUUGUCCGGAUGGAGCCUUUUACUCAGAUUUUCUUACGGUUACAGGGUGGUCACUUCGACCUGGCUGACCGAAUGUUUCACAGUGUACGGGAGGCUUGGUAUUCAGCAUCGAAGCACAACAUGGCAGACGUGAAGGAGCUCAUCCCAGAGUUCUUCUACCUCCCCGAGUUCCUGCUCAAUUCCAACAAUUUUGACCUCGGUUGCAAACAAAAUGGCACUAAACUUGGUGAUGUAAUACUCCCCCCAUGGGCUAAAGGAGAUCCUCGUGAAUUUAUCAGAGUUCAUCGUGAGGCUCUGGAAUGUGACUUUGUGAGUGCCCAUCUGCAUGAGUGGAUUGACUUGAUCUUUGGCUAUAAACAGCAAGGUCCUGCUGCAGUAGAAGCUGUCAAUGUCUUUCACCAUCUCUUCUAUGAGGGGCAAGUGGACAUAUACAACAUCAACGAUCCAUUAAAAGAGACAGCAACCAUAGGAUUCAUUAAUAACUUUGGACAGAUACCAAAGCAGCUCUUUAAAAAACCACACCCACCAAAGCGUGUUAGAAGUAGACUGAACGGUGAGACCGUGGGAACCUCUGUGCCCCCUGGUUCCACAUGUGACAAGAUUUUUUUCCAUCAUUUGGACAACUUACGGCCAUCUCUUGCCCCAGUUAAAG